AUGAUGAAGGCGAAUGGUGGGUUUAUUGUAGCUGAAGAGGAGCGUGUGGCUCAACAAAUAUCGUUAGGCAGAACUGGAGAUUCUAAUGGUCACACAACUCCGCAAACCGCUACUAGUUUACCUAGUCGAAUUGAAUUUGUUCGUCCCAUCUAUCAUCAGAUUUCAGAUUUUUGUUAUGAUUUUGAUCCAGACGGUAUCCUUCGUCAACUGCAAACAGGAGAAACACUUUCAAUAAAAAUGACUUCAACUGGUCCUUCAUUAAAACGACAAGAAGUAAUUCGUGCAAUCCCUGGACAUCCCUCAAAAUGUAUGAGAGUUUUACAUUCUGCAAACUUUUUUACCCACAAAGGUCCCAUCAUUAUUGUGUUACAAGGUGGAGGUGUUGCUCAUGCAGGUGUCUGGGCUCCACGUCUUUUACUGCAUCCGCAACAUGGUCUGCGAUCUGGCAGUCAGAUAUCUUUAGUUCAAAAAGCACAUGAACAAGGUUAUGCAAUAGCUAUCAUAAAUGCAAAUGAACAUGUGCCAGAUGAAGCUGAAAUGGAUGCUAUGGACAUACUUUGUAACUCCCAUCAUCCUGUAUUUGACUCUGCCAAAUGUAUGCAUAUUGAUCCGAAUUUCAAAACACUUGCUACGAAUGAUAACUGUAAUUCUUAUGUCGCUGAUUUAUCGCUUUAUCCUACUGCGCCUGAUCAGUCAAAGAAACUUUUACUACCUGUGACCGAGAAUAAAUCAUGUCAACCGACGGUUUGUAAUAAAAGAAGUUCAGUAAAUCCGAUAUUCAUUGUACCUUGUUCAAAAUCGUCAUCAGCUAUGUCUUGGCUACUAACUGGACCGAAUUCUACAUCGAAUUCAACUGUGCAAACGCAUUGUAACCCACAAAACACAUCUAUUCAUACAACAGUUUCAGGUUUCAUCGGCAGUGAAUGCUCUUUGGUUACAUCGACUCCUGAUUCACUGAAUACUCAUACAAAAGUUAUAGGCAUUUCGGUUAACACAUCGUCUUCUUCUUUGUCAUCGUCUCUAAAAACUACUCACCUUGUGAACAAUGAUUUACAGUCACAAAGAAAUGCCUUUUCAGUCCUACCACCUCACACCAUUCCAAAGCAUUUAAUGCAAGCCUCCCAAAAUAGAAAUACCAUGUUAAAUGAUACUAAUCCCUCGAGUGCAUCUAACUGUCAGACGUUAAUCGAGCAUUCAACGUGCAUCAAUCCGGGAAUUGAUAACGGUGUUGAAAAGCCGUCACCCAACUGCCAACCUUCUGCAUCAUCCUCGACUGGUCCGAUAUCAUAUACUGCAGAAAAAAGUCGAACUUUUUGUGAAAAUUUCUCUGUGAACGAUGAGUCUGAAAUGUUAGGUGUCUCUGUAGAAGAUCGUCUGUAUGGAAUGUGGCGUCAACUCAUACCACAUUGUGCAUCAAAUAAUAUAUUAGUGUGGGCCCACCAAAGAGGUGCCCAUGCAUUUAUUCAUCCAUUCAAACCAAUACCUGGUGCAUUCCCAGGAUUUUCGACACCGAUCACAAUUACUUCAAAUGUUGUAUCUUCCGUUCCCAAUGAUAUCAUCAAGCAAGAUAAAUCAGAAGAAAGUCAUCAACUUACAAACAACCAACCUGAUUUUGUCAUCUUAUCUUCGACUAAAAAUAUUCCAUUGAAUUCAGCAUCACAUAGUAAGGAUUCUGACAAUCAGUUUGAUCUACAGAAUGAUUUGACUAUAAAGGAUCAUCCGCGCACUGAAGUGCAAACAGACGAGAGUUUGCAAUCCUCAAUUUUACGUUCAAAAAGAUUGAACUGUACAGUUUUGUCAGCUGACGUGAUAUCCCAAUUGAAUUAUAAAAAACCUCGUUUGUUCAGUGAAUUGUCGAAUAAUAAUCCUGUUUCCAUGGAAAAUACUUCUAUCGUUGAAUCAAACGACAAUAGUGAUAACGUUCAUAAUGAUGUCACUGGGAUGAGUAAAAGAUCUGAUUCACGUUUUUCAAGAAGACGACAUUCAUCUGCUCAAGCUAUGUUAAGAAUGUUUCAUAGAAAUGACAAUGGUGCACGCAAGGGUUCGCAUAUUUUAAAAGGCUCAAAUAAUGCUUCAGCUCUAACUGAGAAUGAUUAUACUCAAACUAAACAUAAACUACCUCCAAAUCCAACUGAAGCACCUAGUGACACUGAAAAAAUCAAGGCUAAAGAUUCUGCUACAAGUUCUUGGCGCGAUCGGCGUGUUUAUGGACCAUGGAGACGUCUUAUUACUCCUGAAGCUUCACGACGAGCAUUGCUUUUCACAGAAAACCUACGACGUCAAAAAGCUACCUAUUCAGAACAAUUUGAAAAGAGGUCAUAUUGUAGCCGUUUGCCAGGUGCAAGUGGUAGUGACUCGGAUGCGACGCAUUUCGCUGAGUGUGGUGGUGCUGUUUCACGAACUGUUGGAGUAUGGUCGGAUAAUGAUGCGCAUAAUAAUGAAAAUAAACUCCUGGAUGUACGUUUAGCUCGAGCAUGGCAACGUAAAGCAGAACGCAUGUGGCUUGAACUGAAGAGCCGCGUUAAAGCUGUUGUAUUUACUGACUCAGCAGAAUUACUAGAUUUACGUUUAGAAGGCGUUGGUUGGGGACUAAAUUUACUUCAGGAACAUGAAAGUGACAGUGAACUUCCGUUUAUAUAUAGAUCUUCAGUAUACCGAGAAGAACUACCAGAGAAGAUAAUAAAUUUCAGACAGUGGUUAUCGCAGCAUUCAGUAAACUUCAUAGCAGCCGAUUUGGAGACAGGCACGCGCCUGAAUGCACAAAUCGAUACUCAGGAGCAUGUAAUCCCAAUACUGUCAUCCGGCACAACUGAACAUGAUCUUAUUCCCAGUACUGUACUAGAUCACGUAUUUGACUUUUUUCAAUCUAAGUUGCGAGCAUCAUCUUUCGAAAAGGACAAUCAGUCUGUUGAUGAACACUGA